AUGAAGCUCGGAGCCCAGGAACGGCACCGCACAAAUCCCGUCUCAACACCCGCGAAGGUGGCAGCGGCCGCAGCUCCGCUCCGCCGGGAAAACCAUACCUCCGGGGCGGCUCCGCGGGGCGCGGCUCCGCGGGCUCCCCGCCGCCGGGCGCGCUGCUCCGGGGCGGCCGCCCCGCGACUGCCCGCGGCUCAGCCUCUGCGGGGGCGCCUGGCGGCCGAGCGGCGGCGAGGGGCUGAGCAGGAGCGGAGGAGGAGGAAAGGAGUUACGUUAGAAAAAAACAGGAAAAACACGCGGAGGCAGAAGAGAGGGGGGUGCCGCGUGGAUGGCAGAGCAUGUGCGCUUUCACAUGACAACGGCGCCCCUCAGCAGCUCCCCGGUGCGGAUUUCCACUGCGCAGCCACACUGGGGGUGGGCGGUGCCGCCGCCGCCGCCCCGCCCGCUGUCAGCGCCGCCGCCAAUCGCCGCGGCCCGCCGGCUCCGCCGCCGCGGGUGGCCCCGGGUGCCGCCGCCCGGCCCGACCCGGCCCGGCUGCGCGGGGUCCGCGCCGCAACUUGCGCUCGCCCCGGGAGCGCCGGCCGGUCCUGCCCGGCAAGCGAGGCUGGGCGUGGUGGGGCAAGGAUGGGACCGGCGUGCAGAGCUCUGGAGCUUGUGGAGGAAGGCAGCGGGCGCAGAGAAUCACCCCGUUGUGGCGUUGUUAGUGAGGACGCGGUGUCUGCGGGGAGAAAGGCGAAGGCGCUCGGUCACCACGGUGUGACCCUCAUCGGAAAACUUCAUUUUCCGACGGGAAUGGGAAAGUUUGGUGAAAGAGACUGGGGGAGAGGAUGGCUUGUUCGAAGUUUAAUUGCCCUGCUGGGAUUGAAAUCAGCACAGACAGAAGAACUUCAUAGGUUAAAAUACCCUUUGGAAAGCCGGAAAACUCUGAAUCCCCUCAGUUCUCAGGAGAACAGAAUGACGUGGAGCGAUGAUUUAAAUGGUUAUUUUCCAGCCAUAUUGGUUCUCUGGUGCACUGUGGUGGCACACAAGCAAGCUGGUGGAACAGCAACUGAAGGUUCUUGCUUAGGAUGGCAUAACUACUAAAUGCAGCUCUGCACCAGCUUGAUGUCCCUCCCACAUACUAGAAAUUAAACAGCUGAAUUAAAAA